AUGGAAAACAUGAAUAGAGUACAAGAUUUUGUCGCUUACCUUCGUAAUCCUGUGAAAAAUAUUACUGCUUACAACUUGCUUAAAGCAAGAGUUAACGAAGAAGGAUUUUUAACAAAUAUAAUUGAUGGAUUUAUUAUUGGAAAAUCUGCAAAAAUAAUAUGGAAAAACUUUACGGCCGCAGAAAAAAGUACAUUCAUUACUUCUGCAAGUCAAAUUCGAUCUAGACUUUCUUUCUGCUGA